UCGAGGCUACACUCCAGUCCUGCAGCUGGAAGAGCUUCUCUGCUUGGCACAAGGCUCUCUACUAAGAGUCCAUGAAGCCAUGGAAGUGAACAUUGAAUUUGAAGCACAUUCCAUAUCAGACAAUGACUAUAAUGGGAUAAAGAAAUUACUGCAGCAGUUGUUUCUAAAAGCCCCUGUUAACACUGCUGAAUUAACAGAUAUAUUAAUACAACAGAAUCAUAUUGGAAGUAUUAUCAAGCAAGCAGAAGUCCAAGAAGACAGCAGUGAUGAUGGUGAAGAUGAUGAUGAUGAAGUCUUUGGUUUUAUAAGCUGCUUAAACUUAACAGAAAGGAAGGGUACACCAUGUGCUGAACAAAUCAAAGAGCUGAUUCUGAGUCGGUGUGAGAAGAGCUGUGAACAGCAUGUAGUUGAACAGCUGGAUAAGCUCCUAAAUGACAGCUCUAAGCCUGUGGGUCUUCUACUCAGUGAAAGAUUCAUAAAUGUACCACCACAGAUUGCUCUGCCCAUGCACCAGCAGCUUCAGAAGGAGUUGACAGAGGCACAGAGAACAAACAAACCUUGUGGAAAGUGCCACUACUAUCUUCUUAUCAGCAAGACCUUUACAGAAGCCACAAAGAGCAAGUCUAAAAAGAGGGAAGGGAAAAAUCAGCAAAAGGAGGAAUUAAUGUUUGCAAAUGCAGAAGAAGAAUUCUUUUAUGAGAAAGCCCUUCUGAAGUUCAACUACUCUGUGCAAGAGGAGAGCGACACCUGUUUGGGUGGCAGAUGGUCCUUUGAUGAUGUGCCAAUGAAACCUUUGAGGACUGUUAUGAUCAUUCCAGCUGAUGGGAUUCAUGGAAUUAUGGAUAAACUCAAAGACUAUCUCUCACUCUGAGCUCUCCCACAGAUACUGGUUUUUGUAAAGCAGCCAUGCAGAACUCUGGCUUGACAGUACUUUUGGGAAGACUGCUAUUGAGUUAAUGGUUUUGACCUGCUCA